UUUGUAUCUUCUUCCAUUAAAAUUCUAGAAGAUUACGGGUUCGAUGGGCUUGAUAUUGACUAUGAGUACCCACAAAACCAUGAACAAGCCCGUGGUUAUGUUGAUUUAUUGCGGGAGCUGCGACAAGGUUUGGACGCCCAUGCUCAUCAACAAGGCAUUGCCGCUCCUUGUGGCCCUCAAAAUUAUGAGACACUGUUGGCCCAUGAAAUGGACCGCUAUCUUUCAUUCUGGAAUUUGAUGUACGACUAUGCUGGAAGUUGGGAUUCCGUGGCCAAUCACCAAGCGAAUGUUCGAGGGCCUCCUAUCAAUACUAGUACCGCAGUUGAUUGGUAUCUCGCACAAGGAAUCCAUCCAUCAAAGCUUAUCAUCGGUAUUCCCCUCUACGGGCGAUCCUUCAUGAACACAGAUGGCCCAGGUUGCCCUUACAAUGGAGUGGGAGACGGAAGCUGGGAGCGUGGUAGCUACGAUUACAGAGCAUUGCCACUUCCAGGAGCGCAUGU